AAUUCUAAUUUUAUUAAUUUUAUAUUAUAGAAUAGUAUGUUUAAAUUUUAGUAUAAAUACAUUUCAAUCAACGAUUGUACUGCUUGUUCCAAAUAAAGCAAAAUGGAUCUCCACCGGCCGGUUGAAGGAAACAAGACCUAUGAGGAGAUGUCACCUGAGGAAAAACUCAGGUAUGAUCAUCAGAAGAUGCAUGAGCUCCACCGUGGGCACGAGUCCAUGCACACCACCAUGGUGCUGAUCCUCAUUGGCACUCUGAUGAUAGCUCAAAUUAUAGUCGUAGAGUGGAAAAAGCGUCAUUACCGUUCCUAUGCUCUAUUUACAAUGAUAGCUAUGUGGUCCAUACCAGUGGCCAUGAGUUUGAAGAACCACUGGUGGCGGUUUAUCACCGUGUGGACCAUCUUCACCCUCCUCACCGGUCUAGUCAUUAGGAAGUGUACGCAGAAACCCAUGUCGGUGACCACACCUAGAUUAGUAUACAAAUGGUUCUACCUCAUAUACAAGGCGAGCUGUGUGAUUGGUGUGUUUGGGUACAUUGUUAUGAUGCUGACCUUCAUCGGCAUCAACACACUGUUCAAUCACAAGCCGCAGCUGUGGAUGGAUGUUGGCCUGCUGUCGCUGUUCUAUGGCCUGUACUUUGGAGUACUGGGCCGAGAUGUGGCAGAGUAUUGUUCUGAUAAGAUGGCCUCUUCCAUAGGGUACUAUACGCAGGAGGGCAUGCCGACGCGGCAGCUGGAGAGCGACGUGUGCGCGGUCUGCGGUAAUCGCCUGCUUGUUCCCAUCGACCAGGAGGGCGUUAUAGAAAAUACGUAUAAACUGACGUGCGGCCACGUGUUCCACGAGUUCUGCAUCAGGGGCUGGUGCAUCGUGGGCAAGAAGCAGACCUGCCCCUACUGCAAAGAGAAGGUGGACCUCAAACGCAUGUUCACCAACCCUUGGGACGGGCCCCACAUCCUAUAUGGGCAGCUGCUGGACUGGAUCCGCUGGCUGGUGGCCUGGCAGCCGCUCAUCCUCUUCUUCGCUCAGGGCAUCAACUGGCUGUUUGGUCUCGAGUGAUCCUCACUGUAUGACUUCACCAAAUAUACUAGUGUAAGUUCUUUCUCCGUUGUUCUCUGAUGUCCGGGUGACUACAUUUCGGCAAAUAGCACUAACAUGGAUAUUAUGUAUCUUUUGGCAAAGAAAUAUAAAUUGUAUUGUAUUUAAUUUAUUUAAUUUGUAUAUAAUAUAAAAUAAAUUGUAUUGCAAGUUUUGUUUGCUGUUGUUUACAUUUCUGUGAAAUAAUAGAGUGUAUCUAUGUUAGUGUCUUUCACUGCAGUUUACACUUGGUGUAGGUUUUUUAAAUAGAAGUUAUGUGGAUUUAAAGUCAACUUUGGUUUAGCGCUAAACCAAGCAUUCCUUAUUUACCUAGUCACUUGACUUGUAAUUUGUAUGAAAUUUAAAAUAUGAGCAUAAUUUUUUUAACUCUUUAAACCUUAUUUUUUUACCUUGCCACAAAUCUGGAUUAUGCAUAUUAUUUACACCAUUAUUGUGUUUACUAUUGUAUUAUGUUUUUAUGGAAUAAUGUAUGCAUUGUCAUUUAUCGUUACUGUAUUCUUAACACAUGUACUGUGAAUAAUAGACUAAAGUACAAAUGGCUGUAUGCAAUCAGUGACUUGCAUUUUGAUAUUCAUCGCUGGAGACACGAUAUGUGCCUUGUAUUCCGUAUUUUUUCUGACUUGAUUGAAUUUUUCUAUAACUUGCUUCUCUCUUUUCAUGCACACGAAAAUAUUGGUAUCUUGUUUCUACAAUCCACGCACACCUUAUGUGAGCUAGAUAUUAAUAUUUUCGUGUGUGAUGAGGAUAAACAGGAUAGAUAUUAUAUAGGCCGAAUUUCUGUUUAUCUGGCGAUCAGACUAUCAGAAAUUCGACGAAUAUUUCAAGUCACAAGUUUAGUCUUUUUAGCGAUGUUAGUUACGGCCGAAAAGGAAGAUCUUCCGACCGAGCGAGAUAGCAUGCUCGGUCAG